AUGUUCUUCUCGUUCUCCUCUCUGCUAUCCCUGCUGGCCUUCUUGGCCGUCGGGGUGUGCGCCCUUGCCGGCCCCAUCCCCGAGGAUGCCACACCCCACGGACACUUUGAGGUGUGCGGGCCUAUCAUCGCCAACGACAACACGCCUGGGAUCCUGUCUGGCGCCGCUUUUCCCACGACCCUGGUAAAUGCCAAGUGGGACAAGGCGAUGAGGGCCGUGGUGCCAAGACUUGGCACAUGCGCCACGGGAGGGAAGUUCACGGAGGCCAUCACCCAGACGAUGCACCUGCGUGACGGUUACAAGACGAGGCCCGGGUGGAGCAGUUCUGAUUUUCCUUCUGGGAUCACGACGGUCGCCUGCUAUACCCUGACUGUCACUGUCUCGGCCUCCAAGGUCGGCAGCGAUGGCAGCAUCCCUCUCAUUGAGGGUAUAGUCUUCAUCGCCGUCAGUCCUGGUAACGGCCACAUCCUCUUCGCUGCGGAACACCGCUACGAAAACUUCAUCGAGCUCUCUCUCUCUUCGGCUCGGCCUUCCUCUUCCUCCAUCGCGACCCGCAGAUCGUCGAGUCCGCCAAAGCCGUCGUCAAAAGGGUCCAAGCCCCCACCUCAUAGCACACCCCGGAAGCCCACAAGGAAGCCUUCAGCCUCGCCGCCUCCAAAGAAGAAGCCCACAUCUGUCAAGACCAUCAUCCCACCAGGCGCAACCCACCUACCACACUACUCGGAAAAAAACACCCUCGUGCGCAAGUUGGCAGAGCGCAUCAUCAACUCGGCUCCAUCGGGAGGUGGUGGCACGCCUGUCGGGCCCGAGGUAGGGUACGAGGCGGGCAUCGGCUCGACGACCAAGGAGAUCUGGAAAGGCAUCGAGAAUCUUCUUCCCGACCCCAAGAGCCACAAGGUUUGGCCCAUGAACCCGGCUGAGACGAGCAAGCUGCUCGCCUGGUUCCAGGGCCUCUCGCGCGUGACCAACGCGGCUGCUCGUGCCCAGGGCAAAGUUGGCGCGCCUGUGCCGCCGGCUGUGCCGCCUGACGCGCCGCCUGGGAUUCCGGGACUGGACACGACACCGGGGAGCGUGUGGCGUUCUGAAGGGGCAGUGGCAGACUUUGCCUUUGAGGGCCCUCCUGGGGACUCGAGAUACCUCAGACUUCGACCUGGCGAUAAGCUGACCAGGGUCAAGUACGUGAGAGAUGGCUGGCUGGAGGGCGAGGGACAUCCCGCGCUCAAGGCCAAAGGCUGGCUGCCCGAGAACUGCGUCUCACCCAGCACAACGGGCGAAAAGGGUGUUCCCAAGGACGUCUCGUCCGGCGAAGACGGGUUAUAG